CAGCGUAGCAGUUGACUGCCGUUACGUGAUAUGCACUGUCAAUAUCGAUCUGGGUCAUCUUCGGGAACUACCGUGCAAGGUUUAUUGUCAUCGUACAUGUGAUGUCGCAUAGUUGUUACCACCACCACCUCCCAGAAGGCUUGGAAUUAUGCGAGCUCUAGAGCAGUCACAAGGUCUGCGAAGGCUCGUGGUUUCGGCUUAUUCUUGCGCAUGAGAAAUGCUUUCUUUCGGCAGCCAAAAGCGUGCAAUUUUGCUACUGCUCAUGCAAUACAGGUUUCUGUGUCGAUCAGACAUAGCAGGACAAACUCGGUUUUAUCUUCUAGACCUAGAUCGAUAUUUGCAUAUGAUGCGUGACCCUUUCCGAGGACGACCUUCGGCAACUGGGAGUCCCUAUUGAUGGGAGCGCUAGGGCCCCGAGCAGGGUGGAAACUGAUGAACUCUUGCUGGAAUACACAGCAACAUUGUCCAAUGACCUUGUCUAUCCUGUGCAAAAGCGAUAUCGUACUCGUACUGUCUGAGACAUUUAUGCAUUACAAAUCUCCGACUUCUUAAGCUCAAACACCAUAUGCGAAUUCCAAAUUCCAUAACUUUUUCUGCUGAUUCUGAAUAAAGAAUUUGUCAUGCGAUUUGUACUAGUACGACUACGAUAGCAUUGCAAUUCAUAUCGUCGUAACUGCCAUAGUGUUCCGACAGCAAGUCCGCAUUCCGGGAUUUUUUUACCGUCUGCAGCUCAAGACUAAGCCAGUUGUGAAAGAGGCAACUGCAGCAUGAAGAUACUUAUUCCGCACUCCUUCGCAUUGAGGUGCAAUAAGCUGCAAGCGGACAAAAGAAUAAAGAGCCCCCGUGCGUCGUCAACAUCAAAUAAAUAUCGCACUGCUUGCGCAACAUA